AUGAAAGGAGGGUCAAGAGCUGGGCGUGUAUUUUCAGAACAAAACAGCUUCCAUGGCCAGAAAUUUGGAAGGCUGAGUAAUUCAGACCCUAUAGAGGAUGAUUUCAUGACGCAACAAGUCAACAACAAUUCAUCUCCAUUUGGUUUAGAUAGUUCUCCGUAUCAUGAGACAUCUUCUCCGUAUUCGAAGUCUCCAUGGUCCGCUCAUCACGAGGCUUCGUCUGCUCCUGGUAAUAGUUUCUCGCCAAAUGUACUGAUAGGAUCAUUAGUACGCGAAGAGGGUCAUAUAUACUCACUAGCGGCCUCUGGUGAUCUCUUGUAUACAGGCUCUGAUAGCAAAAAUAUUAGGGUUUGGAAGAGCCAGAGGGAGUUUUCUGGGUUUAAAUCCAACAGUGGGCUGGUUAAAGCAAUCGUUAUUGCUGGUGAGAAGAUCUUUACAGGUCAUCAAGAUGGGAAGAUUAGAGUUUGGAAGGUUUCUUCUAAAGAUGCUAGUGUUCACAAGCGUGUUGGGACUUUACCAACCUUGAAGGAUUAUAUCAAGAAUUCCCUGAAGCCAAGCAGUUAUGUGGAAGUUAGACGCCAUCGUAAUGCUCUAUGGAUUAAGCACAUUGAUGCAAUAGCUUCUCUUAGUUUGAGUGAAGACAAAAAGCUUCUUUACUCGGCUUCUUGGGACAAAACGUUCAAAGUCUGGAGAACCUCGGAUUAUAAGUGUUUAGAAUCCAUUGUGGCGCAUGAUGAUGCUGUCAAUUCCAUUGUAGCGGGAUUUGAUGGUUUAGUGUUUACAGGAUCAGCUGAUGGCACAGUCAAGGUCUGGAGAAGGGAAAUGCAAGGGAAAGGAACGAAACACUUCUUUUCGCAGACUCUAUUGAAGCAAGACUGUGCAGUUACAGCAUUGGCUCUUAGUCCAGAUGCGAAAGCUUUUUACUGCGGGUCAUCAGACGGGUUAGUUAAUUUCUGGGAACGUGAAAUGCAUCUCUCUCAUGGUGGUGUUUUGAGAGGCCAUAAAUUGGCGAUUCUUUGCUUGGUCACAGCCGGAAAUCUUGUGGUUAGUGGAUCAGCCGAUAUGGGAAUAUGCCUGUGGAAGAGAAAGGACAAGGAACACAUGUGUUUAUCGAUGUUAACAGGCCAUAGUGGACCUGUCAAAUGUUUAGCAGUGGAGAAAGAGGAGGGAUCCAUUUCUGGUGAAAAGCGGUGGAUUUUAUACAGCGGCAGCCUGGACAAGUCAGUGAAGAUGUGGCGAGUAUCGGAGCAAGCACCGCCAAUGGCACAGCAGAGUCAUAUACGACAAUAUUUACCAGAUGAGCAUGGUGGUGGUACUGCACCCACCUCGUUGCAUUGUGCUCCUAGCUUCACUCCCCAGGGGAGAAUAAGCUAGAAAAAGUAACUAGAGGCAAGCGUUCAACUCAGUAAAUUUGUUUUAUUACAACUCAUGUAAAGUAUAUAAA